UUCGCCAUCUUUCUUUCUGGCAAUAUAAGUCACAUCGACAUCUACCAUCUUGAAAUUUUUUUUAGUUUCUUGCAAACGACGGUCAUUAUCAAAGUUACAAAUUUGGAUCUUCUCUUACGUAUUUACAGGUGAAAAAUUUGCAAAAAGAAAAAAGAAAUAAUCGAAAAUCACACACCAAAAGCUACGGUAAAAUUCGUCAAACAAAACCACAAUCUUGCACGUUCAAGCAUUUUACCGAAUCAAAUCAAGUAACAAGUAUGACGGAAUCCAUGAAAUUUGGGCCGGAAUGGUUACGCAACAUGUCCAGCGACAUCGGCGGCGGUGGCCAAAGUGGACAGUCUGGUGGAGGACUGAGUAAUAUGUUCGGGCAAAACAACAACAAUAACAUAAACAGCGGCAACAACAACAACAGCACGAGUAAUAUAUCAGCACCUAGGUAUCAGUUAGCGGAAUAUCGAUACGGUCGGGAAGAGAUGUUGUUACUUUGUGAUAAGGCGCGCAUACCAGAAAUUUUACCGAAAUAUAAAAAAUUGUUUGUUGAAAAAAUGAACGGUCCAUUGGCAUUAACACCGAGUACAGACGACGAUGUUGUCCCUUACGAGCGUACACCUUGGGUCGUUCGCGGUGUACAGCCACCGAUUGGUAUAUCAAGUAGAGGCGGUCGCGGUGGCUCCAUCGAGAGAGGUCGUGGCCGUGGAAGAGGAGGAUAUCACUCUACUUUGGGAUACCAACGGUCAAGUUCAAUGUAUGACGAGGACGCUAGAGGAGGAGGACGCGCACCCUGGUUAGAUAGAAAUGGAACCGAUGCAGCCGAAUGGAAUGGUGGUUCAUCAACCAGUCCGAGAAAGGAAUACAUAACGCGAAACUCGUCGGUGGAAAGUUGGCGUAGAAGUCGUGACGAUGAUUCAACAUCAACAACGUCUACGUCAACCACAACAGUAGCAGCUGAUACAUGGCGUGGUAUAGGGCCGAGUGGAGCAACGACAGGAUAUAAAUGGGCAAGGUCACAGAGCUGGAGGGAUGAAGAGUCAACGCUCGGUCAUGCUAAUAGCGAAAACAGACCGUUUAUCUCAAGUAAUUUAUCUGAUAGAAGUUUAACGGGCCCAGGAAACAAGUCAUCUUUGGCAGGUCCUGCUGUUCGUAAAUCAUUGCACACAUGGAAUGACGAAGAAAAAUUACCGGAAUGGGCUUCCGAAGACCCAAUCGAAGGUGGCGGCAGUUUUGAUUCUUCCGGUGCAUUCCACGGCACCCAAGAAGAUGAUGAUGGUCAGGCGACCGACAGCAACGUAAAAAGCAAUCGAAGAACAUCGAUCCGAGCUGAUGAAGGUCAAAUGAGAAAGGAAUCUUCGCUCGAGCCAGUAGCUACUCCAAGAUCGAAAGCAAAUCAACCUCAGACGCAGGACGAUGUUGAUAAUAGAGCUAACAUUGAUGCUGUUGACAGUGAAAAGAAAACUGUGCCAAUGAGUGAGCCUGAUAGGAAGCGGGUAUCGAAACCGGAACAGAACGAUGCAGUAAAUAAUCAAAAUAAGAAAGUGGAUGGAGUCGUUGAAGAUUCUAAUAAAGAAAAUUUAUCGGCAACCGGAAACAUGGCUAAUGAUGCUAAGAAAGAACCGAACAUGUCCACUAUACCCAAUCCCCAGCCGAUCAUGUCUGAAUCAACCCAUGCUGCUAAUGACAGCGUAGAGAGUCAGCAACAAUCCAUAAAACUCCAAUCCAUGUUACAAGCACAGCAAAAGCAAAAUAAAUCUACCCAUCCACCAAUGUCUGAGUCAGCUAGCGUUGAUCGCAUGCAAGAAGUCGCCGAUGAUAUGGUUAAACACUUAAUAAGUGACGAUGAGAUGUCGUCUAAUGAUCGAGAUGUAUCCGGUCCAGCUGCAUUGUUGCGUAAAAAAUCGGACAAUGUACCACCACACCAAUUGUACAAAGAAUCGCAGUAUGCUCCCGCACCUAGUGAUCAAUGGCUGUACGAAGAUCCACAGGGAAAAAUCCAGGGACCAUUUACAGCAGCUGAAAUGACUGAAUGGUAUCGUGCUGGUUACUUCGACGAGAAUUUAUUGGUUCGUCAGGUCUUUGAGACUCGUUAUUCAGCACUUGGUGAUUUAGUAAAACAACGUGGAAGUUUACCUUUCGGUACGAUCAACGCGUUGUCACAUGCAAUGAAGAAUGACUUAUCCACAUCACACGUAUCACACGAAAUUCCUCUUUCAAACAUUCCUCAAGUGAAGCCAACCACAAAUCCCGUUCCAAUGAUGCCCAGUGAAUUUCAAUUUCUUCAGCAGAAGGCAUUACUAAUGAAAUUAGCCGAAGAUCCGUGGUCGAUUGUGAGUCCCGAACAACAAGUCGCUAAUAAAGGAAUGGUAGACAUUAACGACUAUUUAUUGCCACCGACACCGAUGAGCGCCAAACAAUCUCAAACCUUAGGUAUUCCACCCAAUAUAAAUCAUCCUAAACAUCCGAUCCUCAAACAACAACAACCAUCACCAUCAAACCAACAAAAUAUGUUCAACAACCAUGACUUCAUUACGUCCAAUACGACCUCACCACCCGAUGCAUCGUCAGCGCUGAACCGACUUAUGCAACAAAUGUCGCUUAAUCAACAUCAAACUCCAUUACCUAUUCCGAUGCAGCAUCAACAACCACCUCAGCCAUCAACUCAGAAUCAAUACGAUGCAAUCCAAUCGCUAAUGAUGCAAUUGGCCAUGCAAAAAGUACCAUCAACCGGUCUUGUAACUAUGCCAAACAGCAAUCAACAUCCAAUCGAUAAAAAUUCGCCGAACAACGGUGGUUGGAUGGGAACAAACAUAGGUAUUCCACAUCCACAACCAACUUUAGGUCAACCAUCAACUAAUGCAGCCGCAUCUUCCUGGGCUACGAAUCGUAUAUGGCCCAUUCAAAUGCCUCCAAUGCCCGCAAAUGCUAUUAAGCUACCAACUACAAUCAAUCAACAACAGCAAAUGAAGACUGAAAAGCAGAUACGUGAUGAAUUGAAGAAAGAUGAACCUAAAAAAGAAGACCUGAUUAAUUGGAAAAUUCCGAAUUUGACGGUUCAACAGCAGCAGCAAGCAGCCCAACAUCAACACUUACAACAGGUUGUACAACAGCAACAACAACAACAGCAGCAGCAACAACAUCAACAACAACAGCAGCAGCAGCAGCAGCAGCAACAGCAAUUAAUAGAAAAGCAAAUGCUCGAGAAACAACGCGACGAAAAACGAAAACGCGAUAUUGAUAGUGAAAAAAGAACCAAGGCUGAAGAAGAAAAACCGAAACAGUCAAAAAAAGAAGCUGCUAAAUCAGAUGGCAGUGGAUCCAAGAAGGAAUCCAAGGAUGAUAAGAAGAAAGAAAACGACGAAAAGAAGCGUCAAAAGGAAUUGAAGAAGCAACAAGCUGAAGAUGAACGCCGCAGGCAACAAGAAGAAGAAAAACGUCGUCAAAGCAUUGAAGAACAAAAGAGGUUGGAUGAUAUAGCUGAGCAACGUAAAGCUAAGUUGAUGGAAGGCCAACGUCGUUCACAACAAAACGAUCAAAAUCAAUCUCUGUCAAGGCAAAGCGCCAACGCUUCGGUUGCACCAUGGUCGAUCAAUCCUGUUGCUCAGGUCGCUAAGCCUAGUUUAAGCCUAGCCGAAAUUCAAAAGGCUGAACGGGAACGUAGAGCUGAACAAAGUCGCAUCGAACAGAUGUAUCGUGAACAACAGCAGACCCAAAGCUUACUCGAUUCCCGGCAACAAAAGGAGGCCACCCAAAAAUGGAAUCUACAACCUCACAGUGUUAAAUCGUUGGCAGAAAUUCAAGCAGAAGAAAGUGUCAAACGCCAAAGUAUUUCUGAUCAAAUGACACUAAAUUCAAUUGUAACCGCAUCUGCUAAGAAACGAGAAGCCGAUCAAGCGCAACAACAUUUGGCGUCCAUAUGGAACACGAACACGACAAGUCCGCCAGCCAUGUGGAAUGCCGGAGCAGGCAAAAUGUGGAGCAAUGGCAGUUCUAUAAGUAGUGGUGGCUUCUGGGAAGAGCCGAACAAAACCAAUGUUAGAAUGUCAAAUUCAAUUUCUAAUAUGCCAGCCGGUGUAAGUGCUUCUACUAAAACACUCGUCAAAAGUCAAACGGUGUCGAACAUGCAACAAGCUGCAGCUAAGUCAACCAGUAAAUUGCAAGCAGCUGCAGCUAAGCCAGCUGUUAAGGUCAAUUCGAAUGCUACUGUUUCUGCUGCUGGUGUGAAAAGUGGAAAGGCAGGAAAAAAAGAUCGUGAAGCCAGUGAAAAUUCGAAUCAAGAAUUUAAUGUUUGGUGCUUCAAGGCUCUAGCUGCUCACGAAAAUGCUAUCGAUGUUCCCACAUUUGUGUCAUUUUUACGAGACCUUGAAUCGCCAUUUGAAGUGAAAGACUACAUUCGAAUGUACUUGGGUGAGACCAAGGAAUGUACAGAAUUUGCAAAGCAGUUCUUAGAGCGUCGUAGUAAAUACAAAAAUCAACAACGUGCAGCCAAUGCACACAUUGAUGAUAUGUGUUCGCCAGCUCCAGCUAUUACCCCGUCGAAUGAUUUUCAGGAGGUAAAGGGAAAAGGCAAAAAGGAAAAGAAGAAGAAUAAAAUGCUUAAAUUAGAUUCUCGUAUACUUGGAUUUUCGGUGACUGCAGCCCAAGAUCGUUUAAAUGUUGGUGAUCGUGACUAUAGUUACGGUGAUGCACCAUAGAUACCCAGUCAUCGCAUCACUUCGAAAACACGUUAAACUGUCAGUGGAGUGUGGACGAAAGGGAACGGCGAAAAAGUAAAACUGAAACUGAAAAAUUGAGCGGAAUUUUAGGUUUGAAAUUUUUGAUUUUAAUUUAAUGAUUAUUUCUCUGGUUAUACUUAAAAAAAAAAGAAAAAGAGAGGAAGACGGAUUGAAGAUGAAUAAUAACCAAUAAAAGAAAAACGGUACAUGUUAUAUUCGUAUAUAUGCAAAACACACAUAGCUCUAUUUUUAUAAUGUCCUGGAAUUAUCAUACUUUUACCGAGUGAUUAAACAUUGAACGUACGAAAUAAUAGAAUCGUUUGAAUGUUACAAACGGUUUUGAUAUGGGAGAAGAAAGAGAAAACAUCUUCGAUUUUAUCUAUCAUUUCUUUUUCGGAAUAAAAAUUCAUCAAUUAACACAAAUAUGAUUUCCAUUUUUUGAUUCGCUUAUAACCCUGAUGUAAAAAAUGAUUAUUUUUUUUGAGUGGUUAAAAUUUUUUGACUAAAUUUCUUUUAUGUCGUUGAUUGAUUCUUUCUGUAUAAUUUUAUAGAAAUUUGUUUCUUUUUUUAAAAAAUAAUUUUUCUUGCUAAUUUUUUUCUUUUUGUUAAAUAAAACAAGAUCUAUAUGUUCGCCGUUAAGCAAAUAAAGCCAAAAAUGUUUUGGUGACAUUUUUUUUGGGUUCUUUAAUAUGUACAGAAGUUUAUUGCAAUGUUAAGGAGGUAGCAAACUGAUUAUUUUUGGCAAUCCUUUGGUUUUCGAGAGGACAUUCUUUAUCGCACCUACAAAUUCCAUUACCAUGACUUGUCCUGUUACAUUUGCAUUUUAUUUCAUUAAAAAAGAAAAAUGAGAAAAUAACUUCGUUCCCAACUCCUGAAUACGUAGUCCUGGGACAAUAUUCAGUUUUUAAUAAAACGACAAUAAUGUGAUAACUUCACGGUUGUCUUAAGCGUUUAUUCAUAUAUUUCUCGAUCGGCUUUAUCAACGCGAAGAUGUAUAAAAUUAUGUUCCAUUAACUGUUCUCGUCCAGUGAUUGUUUGCUCAGUUCUCUUACUUAAGUCAUUCUGUCGAAAAUGGCAAAUGAGAAUGUGUACUUUUAACACGAAAAAAUGACCCUAGCAACUAGUUUCAUUCUAUAGUUGUACGCAACCGUUUUACAAUAUAUCCUGAGAAAAGAUGAUUUUGUUCGUCCCGAAUUGUACAAUCUAACAAAUGACAAUUGUCAUAAGAAAAUAGCGUUACGUGUCUGUUUAUUAAUUAACGUUUCGUUUCGAUCGAAGUAUAAAUUAUCACUUAUUAAGAUGUACCACUCUCACCUAUAAUGCAUAAUAAAGAAGA